AUGGCUAUUACAACAUUAAUUCCAGCUAGCGCUAUGAAUUUUACGGAAAACCAGCAAGCAUGUAUUGUACUUGAAAAAUUAUGGAGCCAACGGGAAGCGGCCCGCUUCUGCGACGUUGUGCUCCACGUUCAGGGUCAAAAAUUUCAAGCCCAUCGAAAUGUUCUAGCUGCAUGCAGCCCGUAUUUUGAUUCUGUUUUAAAAACACACAAAGUAAUCAAAGAACAACUCACAAUUACCUGUCAAAAUUUAGAUGCAUUCCAGUUACUUUUAAAUUAUAUGUAUACUGGUGCUGUUGUUAUUGAUAAAAAUAACGUUUCUGAGUUAUUGCGAUUAGCAAAUCAUUUCCUUGUUAUCAAAUUGAAAAAUUACUGUGCGGAAUAUCUAGAUAGGUACCUAGAUCCCUCAAACUGCUUGACUGUAAAAGAUAUGGCAGAGAAAUAUAAUUUGCCUGUCUUGCAAAAAAAUGCAUCUGCAUUUAUCCAUAAUCACAUAGUUGAGGUUUUUGAGCAAAGCGAAAUAUUAGAAUUCAAUCUUAAUAAAUUGGAAGCUUUUCUCAAAGAGAAGCAGGGCCUUAUCCCACAGCACAUUUUGCUUAGUUUUAUUUGUAAAUGGGUAGAACAUGAUAUUAGUAAAAGAGAGAGUGACAUGAGGACUUUAUUAACAUUCAUGAGUUGGGAAUCCAUCGAACUUCAGUACUUGGAAGAUCAUCUGAAAUCGAGUUCGUUGUUGCGGAAUAAUCCCAAAUGUAUGUAUCUUGUAUUAGUCUGUUUAGAAGAAAACAAAAUAAAUCAUCCUGAAUUCCAAGGUUUAUAUUCAUCUUUGAAAGGUCAGUAUGGCCCUGGGGGUACCAAUGUUGAUAGUGAUAGUUUUAUGAACAUUGCUAUUUCUGCUGCCAUACAGGGCCUUCAGAAAUAUCCUAUGGCCUCUGGAGUAGAUGAAAAUACUCCUAUCACAGUUGCACCCUUAGAAAAGGAGCAAGUGAAGGAGAGAAAUACCAUAGUGCCUCUACCUGAGGUGCCUGCCAGUAAAGAAUCUUCUGACAAUGAAACCAGCAAUAGUAGUUUUGAUGACGCUGCUGGUGAUUGUGGUGGUGCUGAUGAUUUUGACGAUGAUAGUGAAAGCUCUGAUGAAAAGCCGCUAGCAGAACUUCCGACUGCUACGACCAAUCAAAAGGCUGCACCCAAGAAAGGAAAGCAAAAAGCUAAAACCCCCUCUCCUUUAAAAAAGGCAAUCUUAACUACUAUGACCACUAGAAGAGCUGCUCAAGGGCAAAAAGUGCCACCUCUCAAAAUUACUCGUAAAUCUGGAAAGAUUUCUGCAAAGCCAACUACGAAAAAUGAUAAAAACUCAAAACAAUCAAAGCAAAGUGCAUUAGUUCCUUAUCACACUAAACCAAAUUGUGAAUCUACAAAGAAGCGAUAUGUAUCAGAAACUGAUACCGAAGAUGAUGACGAUGAUGAUGGCGAUGAAGGAACCUCAAGUGCCACUGAUUCUAGUGUUGAGGAAUCUGUAAAUGGCUAUGGUAACAAAUCUAAAUGGAAGGAUGGAGUGAAGUGUCCUAGUUGUUCAUAUAUUGCCCAUAGUUCUGUGAGAUUAGAGCAACAUGUAUCUCGCAUUCAUGCAAAAGAUGUUACCUACAAAUGCAAAGUGUGUGACUUUACAUGCAAAUGGAAUAGAGAGUAUUAUUCACAUAUGAAAAGCCAUUUUAUAGGCCCACCGUUUCGGUGUGAAACAUGUGAAUAUACAUGUGACAGAAUACAAUUUUUAUUAUCUCAUCGAAUGAGGCACACUGAUGAACGGCCUUUCAAAUGCGAUGAAUGUGAUCACAGAUGCAGAACAAAAGCCAAUUUAGACUGUCACAUGAGGUGCCAUACCGGAGAAAAGCCAUAUCAGUGUGAACAUUGUGAACGUCGUUUUGCUAUUAAGGCUAGUUUGGAUCAACAUCUUGCUUCACAUCGUGAAGAUAGGCCAUUUUUAUGCGACACCUGUGGUUUUAGUACAAAAUAUCAAUCUCAUUUAUUUUCACACAAGAGAAUUCAUACUGGUGAUGUAUUUCGCUGUCAUUUUCCUAAUUGCAAGUAUAGCACACCAAAAAAGAGUCAGUUGGGGUCCCAUCAUCGAACUCAUACUGCUGUUCGUUCUCAUAUCUGCUCAAUAUGUGGCCGCGCUUUCAUUGAAAAAAGUCAUUUAGUAAGGCAUGAAAGAAUUCAUUUGAAUGAAAAACCCUUUAAAUGUGAGCAUUGUGAUUACUGCAGUUCUCGUCGAGAUAAACUGAAAGAACAUUUUCGAAAGCAUCAUGGUGAAAAUGCUACUGCUAAAGGUCCAUAUCGCCCUAGAAAACAGAGAAGACAAGGAUAUGACGUUAAUGCCUAUUCUCCUCCAAACAAAAGUGCAGCUGAGUCUGAAAAUAAUCAACUUCAGGUUCAACCGCACCUAGAGUUACAGACAGCUGUUUCUGCCAUUAAUGCCAAUAACCCGCCUCCUACACCAGUUGUGUAUAGCUAUGAAUCAUCGCAUCAAGAAACACUUCAUAGCCAUGCUGCUGUGGCUUUGCAGCAAUUAGGAGCUGCAGCACAUAAUUAUCAAGUUGCAUUUAUGGAACAAAGGCAUCAUCAGCCACAUCACCAUCAUCAUCAUCAUCAGCACCCUCAUCAGCAUCAUACUCAUCCACAUGUCGGACCAACGCCUCCGUCUGCAGUUCCUGCUAUGAUACCUGAUCAAAAUAGAGUCAAUGUUGUAGCUCAUGAUGGAACGAAUGUAGUUGGUCAGCCAUCGGAAUUCAGUCCAUUUAUGUCGUUUAUGUGA